CAUAAUUUUCUUGUAGCUGAAGUAAUUUAGUGUUCUUUAAAGUCUUCAUGUUCCCAAAGCCAGAGUCUGAGUCUUCACUCUUCAGUGUAUCAUAAUCAAACUAAUUUUUUUUUUUUUGCUGCAAAUUGCUUUCUGAAUACAUUUGAACUCCUGUAGUCCAAGAUCUUGCUUGUAUCAGAAAGAUUAUAUCUACCCUAUCACAAAGAUUGAUCUUCUUCGAAUCUUUAGUCAUGGAUGUCGAAGAAUCCCCCAGCGUAAGUCUGAGACUCUUGGUAGACAGAAUGAAAAGUGAAGUAGUUUUUGCAGAAGCAAAUCACGAUUUUGUUGAUGUUCUCUUCAGUUUCAUGACAAUUCCUGUCAGCACAGUCCUUAAACUCACUGGUGAUCAAUCAUUCAGUUGUAUGAAUAACUUAUGUGCUAGUGUCAAAAAUUCGGAUGAGAAUUUACUAUUACACAAGAGUUGCAGAGAGGUAUUGCUUCAUCCCCGAAGUGCAGCUGAAAUUUACUGCAGAAACCUGAAAGUCAAUUGGUAUGAAACUGAUGGUAACGAGUACUUUGAAUGCGAAUCUUGUAACCUUGUUAGUUAUUAUUGGCAAAAUGGUCAUUGUUCUUGUGGAUGCCAAUUGCGUAAUGAGUUAAAAUUACCAAGUCCAAGCCCUAACCUACCAGGGGGUUUCACAAAAUCAACUACUCGUUUUAUGAUAACCAGUGACCUAAAUGUAAGGCCCCUCUCUACUAUGAAAGGUUUGAUGCUGCUUAAUUCGCUUGAAGGAGGUGAGAAUAAUAUGCUUGAAGAAAGAACUAUAGAUGUAGGAAAAGAUAAGAUUCUACAGUUGCUCAAGUUUUCACUGGUGUCAAAGAAUCCACUUACUGAAGCCUUCUUGCGUCUGGUCCCUCCCAGUAAUAAUAGUUGCAAUAUUACCAGCUUGUGUGGUUCAGUAAAUGUAGAUCAUAGCCAAGAGACGGUCAGUAGCUCAGCAAAGACGGAGGGAAUGAUUUCUUUAAAGCUUAUUAUCAACUCAGUCAAUAAUACAGUGUUAUAUGCAGAAGCUGCUAAUGACUUCGUCAAUUUACUAUGUAGCUUCCUGACAUUCCCAAUUGGUUUUCUUUUUCAAAAGAAUUCGUAUCUGCCCUUCAACGGAUGCAUGGAUAAUGUGUACAAGAGCAUUAACAAUAUUGAAGUUGAGCUCUUUAAAUCUCCAUUGAUGAAGGAAACUUUAGUCGAUUCAAGAUUGGCUCCUGGUCUUGCUCAGAUUAAGAAAGUUAUUAGUAUUAAAGACGCUACAGAACCAACGUAUCAGGAAUUUAUAGGGCAUUAUAAUGCUAAGCGAUUUAAUAGUAGCUCAAUGUCUCGCAACAAGGAAACAGUAAUUGCAAAUGGAUUUAUUAAAGGACCGUCCAGCUUUAUGAUAAUGGACAAUCUGGAAGUAAUGCCUCUAUCGCCAAUCUCAGGCUUAUGUCUAAUCAAGAGUAUGCAGAUACCUUUUGAUAAAAUUGUGGAGAAAGAAGUAGUCAUCGGUGAGAAAGAGGCCAUACGUCUCUUUACAGCUUCUUUGGUUGCGGAAAAUGCUCUCACUGAUGCUUUCUUGCGUGAUGAAAUAAAGCAGGAACAACAAGGGAAUGAGUGAACCAGCAUUCAAAAAUGCAUACAUGUGUGGAGAAAAGCUCAAUUGUGAUAAAAUCAUAUUUGUUUUUUUAUGGCAAUGUUCCCAGACUUGGUUAUUUAUUAUUGUUCUGCUCUUCGCAUGAACUGGCUUAUAUUACUAUGUUUACAUUGAUAGCUCAACAGCAAAGCUAUUCUCAAAUCUGUAAAAAUAAAUUACAUUUGGCACCAUGUUUAACCAAAAUAACAUUUCUGCUUUUUCUUGGAUUA